AUGAGUUGUACACAAAAUGAAGGUGGACCUUUUGUCGUUUUCUUCCUACCAGCAAUUGUUGGCGGCCUGACUAUACUUUUGCUUCGACGGUGGGUUAACGCUCCGACUACUAAUCCACCUUUUAGAGUUUCCAGACGUCGCAAAUUUUACAAAGAUCCGAGUUAUAAACGUUCCUUACAACAGAUAACUUGCAAAAUGGUUGCAGCUGGCUCAAAAAAAGCCUCUGGUUCUGCAAAGAAGGCAACAAUAAAUCAAAUAUCUGAUGAAGAUGUUUCAAAUGGCAAACGUAUUCGACCGCGCCACUCGCCUACCAUGUCGACGAUACCGGAUACUAAAUGCUCAGAUAGUCCACCUCCUCCUAAACACAUACCAUUCCCAUACAUCCCGAGAGACGGUGAAAUAUUAUAUGAAGUCAUGACAUUCACAUUUACUCUUGUAGCUAUGGGACUACAGUUCUUAAAUUUAUACAGAACCAUGUGGUGGCUACCACACUCUUAUACAACCCAAGCUAUGAACUUCUACCUGAUUGAUCAGCAUUUAGUGGCAUUUAUAGUGACAAUAUUAUCCCGGAGAUUGCUCCUAAGCUUGACCAUUAUGUUGUUGAAGUGUAUACUCACACCAAAAAUGCUGCCACACGCUGUGAAAGCAACCAGGUUGUUUAUCCUGGGUGUACUUCUUGGUUCAUUGCUGUGGUGCAGUUACUAUAUAAUACUCAAACAUCCCAUUGUGAAGAUGUUUUAUUUAUGUUAUCCGGCAGUGAUAUACUUCAUUUUGUUUGGUAUGAAUGCCGAGCCGUUCCUUGAAUUACACAACACAGAUGCACCUCUCAUGCACAGCUGUAGUCAUGAACCGGAGCAAAUAAGGAUAGAGGUUGAGGUUUUAAGGCAGGAUUUCAAUAUGAGAGUAAAAAAAAUACUAUUUAAUUCCAUUGCCGGAGCAUACUACACUAGUUUUGUGCCAUGCUGUUUUGCACAGACAUACUUACACUAUGACGUUGCAUCAGCGGCUCAACAAGUCGGUCUUGUGUGGGGAGCCUUAUGUGGUCGCUACACCUCACAGUUGUUACCCGCUUCAUUAACGGACGCACCUCAUAGGGCGUCUGCACACCUUGGAAAAUGGAUCUCAGUUGCUAUUCCCCGCGACGUUGAACCUCCGGAGUGGUGUGAUGAUCGUCCUUGGUGCGCGGGAGCUCGCGUUUCGUGGUGCGGAGGCGUGUGGCUUGCAGCCGCGCCUGUUGUAUGCGCUAUACCAGGAGAACCGAAACAUACUAGGUUUUAUUCUGUGUUCAACAAUCCUUCAAAACUGCUGUGUCUAUUGCUCUGUCUACAGUUGUCUCUGGUCGCAAUGCAGUUUUUCCUUCUGUUCAGUUUAAUAGCGUGGCACAACUUUCUAUCAAUAAUCAUAUUAUUGUUUAUAAACUACUACACAUUGUUCAAAAUGCUUCGCGACUAUUUAGUUGCUUGGAAAGUUUAUAAAGCUGAAAAUAUGAUACAAGACAGAAAUGUACAGAUACCGGGAAAUUGA